AUGUCACCUCACAUCUAUGCUGUAGCGGAUCAAGCAUACCAUGAUAUGGUGCAAGACAAAGAAAACCAAUCGAUUUUAAUUACCGGUGAAUCUGGUGCUGGCAAGACCGAAAAUACAAAAAUUGUCAUUCAAUACCUGACAGCAGUUGCAACCACAACAAAUAAACCAACUACCAACAUUUUACAAACUCAAAUCUUGCAAGCCAAUCCAAUUCUUGAAUCCUUUGGUAAUGCUCAGACAAUACGUAAUAAUAACUCUUCUAGAUUUGGUAAAUUUAUCCGGAUUGAAUUCAAUAAUAGAGCACAGAUAUGUGGUGCAAACAUUGAAUGGUAUUUAUUGGAAAAGUCUCGAGUUCAUCAACAAACUUCAAAGGAGAGAAACUAUCACAUAUUCUAUCAGCUUUUGGAGGCUGACGAAGAUAUUAAAAAAUUACUACUAUUGGAUGGUCAAGCGCAAGAUUACAAUUUUAUUAAACAAUCAAAUAAGCGCAUUGAAGGUGUAGAUGACGCCGAGGAAUAUGUGAAAUUAUGCAAAUCUUUGGAAAUCAUGGGUCUCGCAGAAAAAGAAAAGAUUGACUUAUUUCGUAUAGUAGCUUCUAUUCUUCACUUGGGUAACAUAUCUGUUACAGAUUACCGUGACAGAGCUGAUAUUCGAGACUUUUCUGCUGUAGAGCGAGUGUGCCAUUUAUUAGGUAUCUCUGCAGAAGAUUUUAAGAAGAGUUUAUUGGCUCCUCGUAUCAAGGCAGGCCGAGACUGGGUCACACAAGCGAAAUCGCCUGCGCAGGUUGUGGCCAGUCUGGAUGCAUUAGCAAAAACCUUGUAUGAGCGAAACUUUGCAUUUUUAGUAGAACGUGUGAAUAAGGCAAUCGAUGGAAACAAGAAUAAGGACAAGUUGGGGUUCAUUGGAGUUUUAGAUAUCGCAGGCUUCGAAAUUUUUGAGGCAAAUAGCUUUGAACAAUUGUGUAUCAAUUACACUAAUGAAAAACUUCAGCAAUUUUUUAAUCAAAACAUGUUUGAACUGGAACAGGAAGAGUAUCAAAAAGAAAAGAUUGAUUGGAAUUAUAUUGAUUUUGGAAAAGAUCUUCAACCUACCAUUGAUUUAAUUGAAAAAACGAACCCGGUUGGUAUUCUUUCCUGUUUGGAAGAAGAAUGCGUUGCACCCAAAGGUAGUGAUGGACGAUUCUUGGAGAAGCUUAAUAAAUUCUGCGAUAAGGACAACCCGGAUGCAAAAUAUAAGAGUACCAGAUUUGGUGACGGAUUUGUUUUGAAGCAUUAUGCUGGUGAUGUUGAAUAUUCUGUGGAUGGUUGGAUUGAAAAAAAUAAGGAUCCUUUGAACGAAGAUAUUACUCGAUUACUUGCUCGAUCUAGUCAAAAACAUGUCGCUCUCUUAUUUGAGGAUUACCUUACAGAUGAUGGACCUUCUGUGGCACAGGUGAAAUCUGAAUACUCUUCUUCUUUUGCUAGUAUGCUGAAACUACGAAAGGGAAGUGGUUCUUUCCGAACAGUCGGACAACGUCAUAAACAACAGCUGCUGGCUUUAAUGAAUACUCUUUACAUGACACAUCCCCAUUUUGUCCGUUGUAUUCUUCCUAAUAAUCGCAAACAUGCGGGAGAAAUACAAACCAAACUUGUGCUUGACCAAUUGCGUUGUAAUGGUGUUUUAGAAGGUAUCCGCAUCUGUCGCAAAGGCUUUCCCAACCGUUUAUCUUUUGAUGAAUUCCGAAAACGAUAUCAAGUACUCUGUCCUUAUUUGUUAGACCGAGAUUCUUUUAUUGACGGGCGUACUGCCUGUCAAAAGUUGGUCACCCAGAUGCAACUGGAUGGUGAUAAGUAUCAAAUUGGUACUACCAAAGUAUUCUUUAAAGCGACUGUGCUGGCUGAACUGGAAGAGUUACGUGACAGCAAAUUAAGUGUGUGUAUCACCAAAUUUCAAGCUUAUUGUCGAGGUGGUAUUGCGCGUCAGUUUCAAACAAGAUUUUCAAGACAGACAGAGGCUAUUCGUGUGAUGCAACGGAAUGCGCGCAUCUAUGUGUCGCUACGUGAAUGGCCUUGGUGGAAAAUUUACGCUAAAUUAAAACCUUUAAAUGCUGCAUACCGUGUUGAUAGCCAAAUGAGAGAAAAAGAACAAAAGAUCACGGUUUUAGAAACUCAGUUGAAAGACCAGCAUGAUGCUUUAAACGAUGUGAUGUUGCGCAACCAAGAGUUAGAGGGCGAGCACUUGGAUUUCAAAAACCUGAUAAUCACAGAGCAAGCCAUGAUCCGUGAAUUAGAGGAAAGUAAAGAAGAUUUACUGGCAAAGUUCACAACGGCUGAAGAACGUGUAGAAGAAUUGGAGCUGGAGCUUAGAGACAAAACAGAGCAGUAUGAGCAAGGCAAACGUUUACAGGCACAAGAGAUCGAUGAACUACAUACACAAGUGGAUACUUCUAAAUUAGUAAAUGAUCGAAUCUCUGGGGAAUUGGAACGUUUCAAAGAAGGGAACGAUGAACUUCUGGAUCAGUUGAAGCAGAUGACAGAACAUAAGAACGACCUACAGUCACAGCUAGCUGGUUUGCAAAAAGAGAUCAUGGCUGUGCUAGAGAAAAAUAAGCAACAGGAAGAGCAAUACACUGUAGAAAAAGAGAAAAAUGAUUUAUUAGACAACGAGAACAUGCGACUUAAACAGCAAGCAUCGGAUCAGCAAAUUGAAAUUGAAAAAUUAAAGCAGCAGCUACAGGAGAGCCAGGAAAACUCAACCAAGUCGCAGGAGGAAAAUCAUUCCAAAUGUGUGGCAUUGGAAGAAAAUUUGGGUCAGCUCCGCUCCUCUUUGGAAAAUGAAAUAACAUUAAAGCAAGAUUGGGAGUCCAGAUAUAAUCAUCUUAAAAUAGAUUGGGAUGAACUGACAGCCGUUCUACGGGAAGAAUCCGAGCGAGCGAAAGCUAGGAUUACAAGAUUUGAUGAAGUUCUAGGUGGUUUAAAAUUUACUGAAUCAUAA